GUGCCGGAUCUUGCAGACCAGUGGAUGUUUACUUCAAGUUUUCGUUGAAUGUUGAACUCAUCCCCUCGAUUUAUCCUCAAGAAUUCACUUCUUAUACCAUCGAAAGGACCACUUGAUAACGGUAUUCUAUAAUUACAAAAUUCCUAAAAUGGAAGGCAGUACAGCUGCACCAGCAUCACUGAGGGACUACAGAACGACAUCGUCAUUGAGUGAAGGAUCUGAUGUCUUCAUAGACAGCAAUUCAUCACCAAAGCAGCACAGCRAUAAAAUUGAUCAGACUGACUCYAGUGAAGAGCUUGAAGCCUGUCAGUUCUCUCGAAAACUUAACCUMAAGUCAGAGAGYGAUACAGAAGUGAAAGCCAAUGGUUCUGUUUCUGAUUUGUCAGUGGGUCCAUUGUGCGUGGUAUGUAGUGAUAAAGCCACUGGCUACCAUUAUGGUGUUUUUACAUGUGAAGGCUGCAAAGGGUUUUUCAAGCGUACUGUCCAGAAGCAACUGGUGUAUGCUUGCCGUAGCGAUGGAAACUGUGAGAUCAACAUCAUAACUCGUAAUCGAUGUCAAUAUUGUCGAUUCCAGAAAUGUAUCGCACAAGGAAUGCUUAAACUAGCCGUACGACAAGACAGAGCACCAGGAGGACGACACAGACAUGCUUCACUUCAAGACCACAAACAGAAGAAGCCCAGACUAUCAAACAAGCCCAGCAAGAGUGCUUCUGUAGAUGAACCARCACAAAUCCAAAGUGACGAUCAGUUUAUCGAAGAGUCAGAGACGGCGAGUGACUACUUGGAGAUCGUUGAACAAWUAUCACAAUAUGURUCUAAGGUUCCUGGUGACCCACAGCCAGACACMCAGCCCGAUGGUGCCAUGGURACUGAUUGUAAUGAACAAAAAGACUUAGACGUUGGUCAUCUUAUGCAAAGUGCCUACCGAGAACUCUAUGACGUCAUUCUGUGGGGAAAGUCUGUACCAGGAUUCAAGGAUUUGAGUCUUGGUGAUCAAAUCACAUUAUUGAAGACUUCGUUCAUGGAUUUGAACGUAUUUCGAUUGGCCUACAGGUCCAUCCCUUGYGAUCCUCGGUCAUUACGAUUCAGUAGUUCCGUCAUAUGCGAUGCUGAGGCAUGUAUUGAAAUGGGAUGGAGCAAAGAUUUGACGGAAACUACGUUAGAGUUUUGUGGAAAGUUGAGAAAUCUAAAUAUUGAUGUUAAUGAGUUUGGCUGUCUCUCUGCACUAGUUCUUCUAAGUCCUGAUGCGCAAGGCUUGAUGGAUAAGGCAACAGUCUCCCAACUCCAGUCAAGAAUUUCUUCAUGUCUUCGUGACUAUGAAAUAAACCGAUAUCCUGACAAAGUGAAUCGUUUGGGGAAACUACUUCUUUGUCUUCCUACCCUAAGAGCUUACAGCGAGAAGGCUCUUGAAAACUAUGUGACUCUUGAAUUUUUUGGGAAGAUUGAUAUGCCGCCAUUGGUCGCGGAACUUCUUGGGUAGCUUGUCUCCUCUACGUGCGACAACAACAGGAAUAAGCGUUUGAUGUGGGAGACCCAAAAGUAUACAAAAAAACUUGAUGUAAAAUAAUUCAAACAAGAUGUAAUAUGUACGGGGUGAAAUCCACGAGUUAGCCUGUCGAGGGAACGCCUUGCUCAUCAAGAAUACAAACAAGGAAAUAAAGUAUUUCAGUCGUUUAGUAUCUUAGAGUUUGGACUUCUGUAACAACAGAAACGGACUACAAGCGAACGUUUGGAUGUAGUAGUCUGAGGAUUGACAUAAACUUGGUUAGUACGCUGUUAGAGUAUAUGUAUAAUGUCUGGUCAAUUAGCCUUAURAAGGUUCACAGCUUGYUGUUUAAAACGUCCCAAAAUCAAAUACUUGUCGUGUAAACUUGAAGCUUUGUAAAAUAUUCUUAAUACACUAAAAUCAAAUGCCAAGAAGUACAAACGUUUUUUCUGUUCAAAAAGCGUACGCUAUUUAGAUUUUGCUCAAAUUGGUCGACAGGGUAUGGUGACGUAAUUUACUCAGACCAUUUGAAGACAAUAAAACGAUAUAAGGCUAAAAAUCAAAUCUAGUCGAAUAGUCAUGAACGAAGAAUAGACCUUUUACGUCAUAUUUAGUAUACGCAAUGUAUUGUAGGAUAUUUUUGGAUAAAARGUGGAGGAUUGCUGGGAAACAGAUCCCRCAAUGCAUUGCAAAUCAAGUAAGUGACGUAAGGGUYWAUUGGUGGACGCUGCCGUGAUCACAAUAUAUCCGAACUUUACCCUUCUGCUGAAACAAAAUAUUGUAUGUGUUCUCAUAUACAAGACUAUUGCUUCAAGUUUAAACAACGAGGUUCGGCUGAUAUAAGUGACACAGUAAAACAAAUAAACAAGUUUAACUUCACAAUUUCCGUACUGAAGUUAUCCUUGUUUAUUUAUGUUUCAUAGUGUAUAGAUGUUUAGGCGUAGCCAUAGUAACUAGUGCUGGGUAAUGGCUCUUCGCUUUAAAUAUUCUCUUGUUAGUAGGGAAAUUACAAAUUAAACMUUUUGUCUCAGGACUCAUAAAAAACAUAGCCAUAGAAAGAUAAGGAUAGGAUAAAGUAGAAAAGCUCGAAACAUGGAUUCUGUCAUUUUAUAAGGGUAGAGAAUAUGUUUUCAAGCUUAUUAAAUAGAUUGUGGACGAGAAAAAAAUAUUAACUUGAAAUAGAAAUGGCGACUAUAACGUCAUGCAAAUAAUCGUUAUUCUUCGUUCAAAGUUUUAGACACGUGACAAUAGACCUGAUCGGCURAUACGUUGCUAGGAGUAAAUUUCAUUUUAAUUUUACAGCUGAAUUCUUAGUAACAAAAGUUCUUUUUCCUAGAAUUUUUAAAAAUCUGGAGUUAGCUAACAUGGCAACGCGUUGCCUCUUAGGUCUAUAAUCUUGUAAACUAAUUAAUCCUAUAUUAGGAUUUCCACAGGGAUCCCACUUUCGUUAGUUUGUUGAAGUUGAAAAGAAACCUAUUAACGGUGGGUCAUGCAAUGAAAAAGAUUACUUACAAUAUCCUUCGUACAGACAAUAUGUUCGGGACCCCUGUGUUACUGGCAGAAAUACGUUAAAUAUUCAUUAAACUGUUCUAAACCAA